AUAUUUCAUGAAAGCGGGAAUUUGUUAUAUUAAAACCAUUUGUUUUCCAAAAGAAAAAAAGAAAAAGCAAUUACAAAAUGUUAUACAUUUAGAAUCCAGUAUGGUGCUAUUGUGUUUUGUGUAUGCGUUCUUUUCUUCUUUACAAAGCAAAGCUUCAUGUGGGUAGGAUCUUUCCUCUAUAAUUUUAUGCUUUCAGUUUGAAUCAAAGGGUUUGAUUCCAAUAUGCGUUAAUCGAUUUUGCUUUUUUCAUUUGAAGAUUUCUAAUUAAACCCUUUUUCUUUUGCUCCUUCCAUUUCUCAAUCAUCCUUCAUAUUUUUUUCUGGGUUUGAAACUUUAAGAAAGAUUCAUGCAUAUUUCACUUCCAAGUCUUUGUCUAAAUUGUUACAAAAAGAGCAGAAGGAAGGAUCAGUCUAAAUCUAACCAUUCCACACAUGCUAUCAAAAGAAACCCAUCAGAGGUUAGAAAAUUGCAAGAAAAUAAACUCAAAGCUGCUCUUCAACAAGCAUCUGAUCAUGGGUCUCUUGUUAAACCCCAAAACAUGGAUGUUUCAGAGUCCAUUGACAUGGAAAACAAGAAUUUGGGAAGAUCAAGAUCGCUCGCAAGAUUAGAAGCUCAAAAAGAGUUUCUCAAAGCAACUUCUCUAGCUGCAGAUACAACAUUCGAGACUGAAGACUCUAUUACUGAUCUUCAUGAAGCUUUCUUGAAGUUCCUAACCAUGUAUCCAAAGUACAAGUCAUCUGAGAAGAUUGAUCAGUUGAGGGUUGAUGAGUACUCACACUUAGCUGACGAUGAUUCUAAGGUGUGUCUUGAUUACUGUGGAUUUGGGUUGUUUUCAUUUCUUCAAUUCGUUCAUUAUUGGGAAUCAUGUUCGAUUAGUUUGUCUGAAAUUACUUCAAAUCUGAGCAAUCACGCACUAUACGGUGGUCGGGAAAAAGGUACAGUUGAAUACGAUAUAAAAUCUAGGAUCAUGGAUUACUUGAACAUCCCUGAGAGUGAAUAUGGUCUUGUGUUUACUGUUAGUAGAGGUUCUGCUUUUAAGCUUUUAGCUGAAUCAUACCCAUUUCAUACAAAUAAAAAGCUGUUAACGAUGUUUGAUCAUGAGAGUCAAUCUGUGAAUUGGAUGGCUCAACGUGCUAAAGAGAAAGGCGCCAACGUUCACAGUGCUUGGUUCAAAUGGCCUACGCUUAAACCAUGUUCAACCCAUCUAAGAAAACAGAUUUUAAACAAGAAAAAGAGGAAGAAAGAUUCAUCUACAGGUCUUUUUGUGUUUCCUGUUCAAUCAAGAGUCACCGGAGCAAAGUAUUCUUACCAGUGGAUGUCAUUCGCUCAGCAAAACAACUGGCAUGUGUUGCUUGAUGCAGGUGCGUUGGGUCCCUUAGACAUGGAUUCACUAGGGCUAUCUCUGUUUCGUCCUGAUUUCAUCAUCACUUCGUUUUAUAAAGUUUUCGGGUAUGAUCCUACUGGAUUCGGAUGCCUUCUCAUCAAGAAAUCUGUGAUUGGAAGCCUUCAGAAGCAAUCUAUUCGUAGUAGCUCCGGUAUAGUGAAGAUCAGUCCGGUGUAUUCUUCGAAUUUGAGUGAUUCCAUGGCUGGAUUCCCUCAAUUUGGUGAAACAGGAGACGACCAAGUCACCGGAGAAGAUGAAGUUAUGCCGGAAAGCCAUAACGGAACUCAGCUACGAGCUUUUUCCGGUGCAUUAACUCCUUCUCAAGUGAGAAAAGUAUACGAAACAGAGAUCGAACAUGGUAUUGGUGAUAGCCCUGUUUUUGAAGAAACAGAAAUAUUUUCUGUCAUGAAGACUCCUGUUUUUAGUGAAGAUGAUUCACCUGAGGACUCGAUGUGGAUCAAUUUAGGCCAGACUCCAUUAGGAUCGCAGCCUGAUAACAUUAGCUCGUCUUUACCUCCACCAUUUUGGUUUACAGGCAAGAAGAGAAACGACAAUGUGAGAAGAGUAGACAGAUUUGAAGCACAAACUCAAGAAGGCGAACAGAGAGUACAUAGUCCAGAAAUCCAGGAAGAAUCCGAAAUCGAGGGUUCUUCUAUACGAAGAGAACCCGAAAGAGAGUUUAGAUUACUGGGAAGAAGGGUAUCGUCUGGUUUAGAUGAUAAAGAUGAUUACAUCAGCGAUGAAGAAUAUUAUGAAGGCGAAGAAUCCGAUCGAAGGGAACCUGAGAUAACAUGUAGGCAUCUUGAUCAUGUCAACACAUUAGGGCUCAGCAAAACGACAUCGAGGCUUCGUUUCUUGAUCAAUUGGCUAGUGACUUCAUUGCUUCAACUCAGAUUACCAGCUUCAAGUACAGAAGAAGACUCGAUUCCUCUCGUUCAAAUCUACGGGCCCAAAAUCAAAUACGAAAGGGGCGCAUCUGUUGCGUUUAACGUUAGAGAUAGAAUCACAGGGUUAAUUCGUCCUGAAAUCGUUCAAAAAAUGGCGGAGGGAAAUGGGAUUUCUCUGGGUGUUGGAAUUCUUAGUCAUAUAAAGAUUAUACAAAGCACGAAGCAGACUGGGGCUAUGGAUUAUACUGAUACAACGCUUUGCAGACCAAUGGAGAACGAGAAUCAUGAUGAAGGUGGAGGAGGGUUUGUGAGAGCUGAAGUUGUUACUGCUUCACUAGGGUUCUUGACUAACUUUGAUGAUGUUUAUAAAUUGUGGGUUUUUGUGGCCAAAUUUCUUAAUCCAUCCUUCAUAAGAGAGUAUGGACUUUCACCUGUUAUGGAAACCCAAGAAUCUUGAAGCCUGAUUAGAUUUUUCAAUCUUUUUUGCAUUGCAAGCAAGAUACACCCCAUUUGGUUUGGGUAACAAUUUUUUCAUGUGGGUUCAGGUGACAGAUUGGGUUGAUUUGUAAAUAAAGGAAAGUCAAAAUCAGUGUUGACUUUGACUACAAUAGAUAGGCAUAUUGUUCCUUGGUAAUCUCAUUUAUAGAGUUUCUCUUUCUUCUUCUUCUUGAUAAAUCAUGAAUCAACAAAGGAAUAAACCGAAAGCAAUCUUUGGCACAAAUGUUGUAUUUGAUUCCACAAAUACUUAUAA